CGAACGCGCAUUGGUGAAAUGAAGAUGGUUGUUCGAUUUAUAAUCGCCCUCGCUGUUCUAUCAACAGCAAGCGGUCAACAUCCAAACUCAGCCUCACCUCCGCCCACUAGAACCGCCUCCCUUCUAGGAGUCGCUUACUCCGCAGCUGCUGAUGUUUCACAUGUAGCUUUUAAAUCGCCCUUGCUGUCUUACGGUUCCCUCGCAGACAUCCACCUGCCUGCUGAACCGCUGAUUGUAAAAAACACGAUCUCGCAGCACGACGACAUUCAUACGGAUGUGACAACCGAUAUAGGAUACCGAUCCCCAACUCAGGACGACCCCCAACAAGCCACGUUGGUGAGAGUCUCGAAUCCUGGUUUUAGAUAUGUAAAUAACGUUCCUGCUCAAUACACGCAACCCGUGACGUCGACAGGUAACCAAGUGGCCGAAGAAUCCAGUCCGGUGGCUGCCCGUUACCCUGCGAAUCCCGCAGUUCAUAGGGUAGCGUUCCAAGGGGUAACAAAUUACAAUUACGGUUUUUAA